UAUGCGAGAAACAGAGUCCUUCCUCUGUCAGCGAACGGUGCAAAAUCACUCGGCCUCUGAACCAUCCCUUUUCUCUUUCUCAUAAUUUGAAUUUAUAGAACGAGAGAGCAGCCUCCGAUCUUCUCGAUCGACCCUUUUCGAUGGAGAAAGAAAGGAUGAUGGGAAAGAAGAGCAGAGAGGUACCAGUGGAGUGGAAGGAGCAGGUCCAGCGCAUAAAGGAGGUGCUACCCAAUUGCACCGAAGAAGAGAUUUACGAAGCGCUCGAGGACUGCAAGAUGGAUUCCGACGCCGCCGCUCAGAGACUCCUUUCUCAAGUGGAGAGAGAGAAAAGGAGAGAGUCGAUACCGAUGGAGGUGAUGGAGAAAGUCGAGCGUAUAAAGAAGAAGGUGCCCCGUUUUGGCAAAGAAUUGAUUUGCGAAAUGCUCAAGCAAUGCAACAUGGACUCCAGCCUCGCCAUUCGGAGACUCCUUUCUCAAGGUUUUUGUGAGCCCCUUCAAUCUGUUCUUGUUCUUGGUUUAGUAGUGAGAGACAUUGCCAUGCCAUCAAGCAAGAGACACCCAUUUUUAUUGUGUUCGGAUUUAACGUGA